AUGUCAUCUGCUCUAGCCUUAUCAGAAACAAUUAUUAAACAAAAAGAAACCGAACUCUUGGAAAAGGAAUUAAAUGCUUUUAUAGGAGUAUUAGAGAAAAUUCGGAGUAAUCGAAUUAAUCUAGAAGUGAUUAGGGUAGUUCGUGCUUUCGAACCAAAAUUACUUUCUGGUAUUGUUAAAGCAAUUUUAUCAAACGGUCAAUUAAAGCAAGAAAGAACUACCAAAGAAGAAACCUAUUUUACCUUGCUUCCAAUAACCCAAGAAAAAAAAAUUGGACUUAUUAAAGAGGUAGAGUUAAUUGCUGAAAAAGACCAAAAGCGUAAUUAUGAAAAUCAAAUUGACAAGUUGAAAAAAGAUUAUGAGGAUAAACUUAAUGCUGCUAAAGAAAAGAAAAUUAAAGAAUUAAAAUCGCAAAGGUUUGAUGAGAAAAGUUUUGAGCCAGAAAGAAAACGACUAGAAGAAUUGAGAGAAUUUUAUAAAGAGACCAAAGAUUUAGUUAAAUUGAGAAAAGUUAACGAAAGGAAAAAAAAUUCUUAUCAACAUAAGUUGGACACAAAUUUUAAUCCUGAAUUGACUUCUGAGCAAAAGGUCCAAAUUCAAGAAAGAUUAAAAAAUUUAAAUUCUUAUCCAAGCCCCAUUGAAGUUGCAGCAAGGUUGAUUGAAGAAGAGGCAAAGAAAAAAUUAGAUGAAGAGGACUAUGAUGCCUGCAAGGUUCUUAUUGCUUCGAAACAUAGAGAAUUCCCCCCACAGCCUCAAUUUAAAGGUUUUGAAAGGUUCCUAGAUAAGAGAGAUGAAAAAGAAGCAGAAAAAAAAGAGGGAAAGGUUACACUAGUUGAUGAAAAAACAGGAAAACGAAUUCGAAGAAAAAUCCCUUUUCAGAGUUUUUCAAAUAAUUUUACUUUGGUUUAUACUGAGAGUCGCUCUAUUUGCAUCAGAUUAAAAAAAGAAUUUCUUUUUAAUUUAAAAAAUCAUGAAAAGGAUGAAUGGAUAGAAAAAUCGGGGGAAGAUUCUGUGUAUAUUACCGAUGUCAAUUAUAACGAAUGGCAAAAAGAAAAUGGUGGAGGAGGAGAUGGAGAAGGUCACGCAUUAAUGGCAAAAUUUAAUAUCGCCAUUGAUGGUCCGGCGGGUUCUGGAAAAACUACCAUUGGAAAAUUGCUUGUUGAGAAACUUGGUUAUCAUUUUCUUGAUAGUGGUCUAUUUGAGUUGAUAAAAUAUGGAAAAGAAGCAGUUCUUACUUUGGAAGCAGAAAGGGAAAGACUAAACUCGUCCGCUAUCAGUGAUUUGGCUUCUCAGUUGUCUCCUCUUCCUGAGUUGCGAAGGAUUAUUUUGGAAUUCCAACGAGAAUUAACCAAGGAAAAAGAGGAGAGGGCUCGACGCCGAAAUAGCCAAUUUAAGGAAAAAUUAAUUUCUUCCGAAGUCAAAAAGGAAUUACAAGAACGAGAUGAACGAGACCGAAAAAGAAAAAUUUCUCCCCUAAUAAAAACUGCUGAUAGUUGGGAAUUGGACACUACUUAUUUAUCUCCGGCUGAGAAAGUAGUCUGA